GCUAUCGCAAAGGCCACUGAUAAACGCCCUGCGUUCAUUCAACACGUCACAGGAAAAUAAUCGAUAGCUUACAUUGAAUAAUAUUUAAAGUACAGCGGUAAGAGUGCCGUUUUAUUCGAAACUCAACUGGCCAUUGACCACGGCUACGCCCGUGUCCUCAGAGGUUGUUAAAGAAGAGUGCUUUAACGGUGAAGAUUCACCAGCCUCACCAGCACAACAUAUAGAUGAUAGGUUGCCGUAUAAAAGAAGCAACAACACUCACUUUCCUAUUUAAUUUAUUAGAUAAGUGCCUUCGUAUUGAUUUGAGAGACGCAGAUAUCUCUGACGCCUAUUUUAAGACGAUUUCCUGUAAUUGUGUGUGGGCAUUUGACGACAUGUGUAACAAAGAACUAUACCGCCAGCGCGUCUGUCUGCAACACGUUACAGGCUCGAUAUUUACUUAAUUGGAAAUAUCAUUGUCCUUGUUCAUCGAUGAAUUUAAUAAUGAGCGUUGUGUUUAGUAAUUCAUUAAGGUAUUGUUGAAAUUGACUGAUGUCUGAAAUAGUCAUGGAUUUAGAAUACACUUCAUGUAAAUUACUUUAUUUUCAAAAAAAAAUGAUACAUACAUAUGAAAGAGAGAAAAAUGUGUAGUGAGUCUGGUCUAAAAUAAUAACGUACGUGUAAUUAUUUCCAAGACUCGGUAGAUAUUUACACAAAUACCAAAACACUUAUGUUGAUUUUAAUUCAAGUAAUUAUGAUUAAUAAUGCCGUUAAAAUGAAAUCAUAAUAACUUGUUUAUUUUACCAUCACCAUAAUAAUUUGUAACUGUUUAAAUAAUAAUUUUCAAAUGGUCGUGAACCAAAUGUCAUUUUAGCGUGUAUUAUUUCUCUUGUAUCUAACUAAUGGUACCGUGAAAAGAGUCGGGUCCUUCAGCGACGGCGUGGCAAGUGCUGCUGUGGGUGAUAGGGCUGGUGGCGUUGGCGGUGUGCGUGAUCAUCAGCUACUGGGGGGCGAAACGCCGCUCCAAGAUGAUGAUGAAGAGGGGCUCGAGGCCGCUGUUCCCCGCCGAAGACUCCUUGUGCGAAACCAGGCACCCUAUCAUGGGAACGGCCACCAUAAGAGACAUGAUCGAACUGACCACCUCUGGCUCGGGAUCUGGUCUGCCGCUACUGGUGCAGCGUUCGAUCGCGCGUCAGAUCCAGUUGCUGGAUAUAAUCGGCAAAGGGCGGUUCGGUGAGGUGUGGCGCGGGCGCUGGCGUGGUGAGAACGUCGCCGUCAAAAUAUUCUCCUCGCGCGAAGAGUGCUCCUGGUUCAGAGAGGCGGAGAUCUACCAGACCGUCAUGCUCCGCCACGAGAACAUACUGGGCUUCAUCGCCGCGGACAAUAAAGACAAUGGCACCUGGACCCAGCUGUGGCUGAUAACAGACUACCACGAAAAUGGCUCGUUAUUUGACUUCCUUACCGCUCGCACCAUAGACUCUAACACGCUCGUCAAAAUGGCGCUCUCCAUUGCUACAGGGUUGGCGCAUUUACAUAUGGACAUCGUUGGCACUAAAGGCAAGCCAGCGAUCGCGCAUCGAGAUCUGAAAUCAAAGAAUAUAUUGGUGAAGAGUAACCUGAGUUGCGUGAUAGGUGACCUCGGUCUCGCGGUCAGGCAUAACGUGGCAAGUGACUCUGUGGACGUGCCUUCCACCAACAGAGUCGGCACCAAGAGAUAUAUGGCGCCAGAGGUGCUAGACGAGAGUAUGGACACGCGCCAGUUCGAUCCGUACAAGCGUUCGGACGUGUACUCGCUCGGGCUAGUGCUGUGGGAGAUGGCGCGUCGCUGCGGCGCGUUGCCCGACGAGUAUCAGCCGCCGUAUUACGACUGUGUACCGCCGGACCCGGCACUGGAGGACAUGAGGCGGGUGCUAUGCGUCGAGAGGCGGCGCCCGGUGGUGCCGAACAGGUGGCACGCGGAUCCGGUGCUAUCGGCGAUAUCGAAAGUGAUGAAGGAAUGCUGGUACCAGAACCCAGCGGCGCGGCUCACAGCUUUGCGCAUCAAAAAGACACUCGCCAACAUUGGCACACCAGACUACAUCAAACUGUAGGCAACCCUGCCAGAAAAACGCUAAGCGGCAACCCUAGCGAGACACGACCCAUAACGACCGCAAGAAUAUUUUUGUUUGGUGACGUCUGAAAAAAAAAACUCAAUUUAACGUCUAGAAAUAGUUAAAACAAAAGAAGAGCAAUGAGUAUUUUACAAAUGCGGUAUAGGUUUUCUAUAUUUUAUAAUUAAAGUAUAGUGUUGUACUAAGUCGUGUAGAGACGUUCGAUUUGAAUCGAAUAAUGGAAGAUCGAUUUAAAUACGAACUCUCCGAGCAAUCGAAUGAGUAAAUCUACUUAGAAACGCCAGCUCAAGUGAAGUUGCGUCGGUUAUCGAUGUAUUGUUGACGAGUAGACGAUAAGUGAUGAAUGUUUUGGUAUUGGAAUUGAAUGUCAAUAAAAUUCGAUGAAUUUAUAAAAGAGUCAAAGAGUUUAUAAUGCGGCGGCAGCCGAUGGAUGCGUUAGAUUAGGUUAAGGUUACACAUUAUACACAUUCGAUCCAAUUUAGGCAUAGCACUAACGCGUGUUGUUCUGAUCCUCCUGGCUUUACAAUGUCGAUUGGAAUUUAAAAAAAAGGGCAGUCAAAAAUGACUGCAGUGUCUUAAAAUUAAGUUGUUUACGAGGUUUGAUGAUCUAAUAAAAUGUCUCUAAUUUGGGCAUGAUCUAUCAACGCCAAACUAAAAAACAUGUCAAGAUAUCCAACAUAGGGUUCUAAAUAUUCGAUAUCAUUUUAUUUUUUGUAAUGAAGAACAAAUUAAACGGUUGUUUUCAAUGACAUUUACCAGUCAGUUUUGACAAUAUGAAUGAAUUGACACUAGUUGAAAAAAUGACAGUGACAGUUUGUUGUUUUAAUCAUUGGUCGCUGUCUUUAGCCGCUUAUUGAGAGCGAGAUAAUAUUAAACUUGAUUUACUGAAGUAACAUUACAUUUGAUUUAAUUAUAUGUUUACGAAAAAAUCUUUAAAUAUUAUUAUUUCAUCUAUUGGUAGUGGUGGUGGUAUAUCUAGGAUCUGCACGCUUAGCAUGACAAACUCGAGAAACGCUUUGUCUACACUCAUUUGUCAGUUUCUCGGGUCAAGAGUGAGAUAUAGUAUGGGCGCACUCGAGAAAACGCUCUCGAGUUCGUCAUGCUACGCGUGCUGGUUUAAUGACAUGUCUCGUGUCAUUAAGUCAUGACUAACAUUAGAAACGCAUCACAGAGAAAAACGAGUAAAAAUAUGAUAAACAUCACACAUAUCUUUAGAUUAUAUUCUCUGAUCUCUAAAGUGUAUCAUAAAAGUGUCUAGUAAGUCACGUAAGUACCUAAUGUAUAAGCUUCUUAUUAAUAGCGUUGUCGUUUAUCUGAUAUAUUUGUAUAUAUACACAUAUACACAGUUUGACAUUAAUAAUGUCACUGUCACUUCUGAUUAUAUGAAAAUAAUUGUCUAUGAUUGUAAAGCGAGGAGAAUCUUUUUUUUUUUUAAUAUUGGUAGUUAUUGUAAGCUCCCUGCCCUACCUCUUAGUGUAUGUAAAACUAUAUCAGAAGGAGCAUUUAUUAAAGAUAGGUCAUCGUUUCUCAAUGUAGUCAAACGUACACCAUUCCCACAG